UCUUACAGCUUCUCAAAUGUGACCCAUGAUGUAUUCAAUUUCACCCUUCAUACCACCCUGGCCCUCACCACGAAACUGGUGCUUCCUACACCUGCCAAACCAAUCCUUCCAGUGCAAACUGGUGUCCAGGCUCAACAAGAAGAACAGUCGAGUGGCAUGACUAUAUUCUUUAGUCUUCUUGUACUAGCUAUCUGCAUCAUAUUGGUGCACUUAUUGAUAAGAUACAGACUGCAUUUCUUGCCAGAGAGUGUUGCUGUUGUUUCUCUAGGUAUCUUGAUGGGUGCAGUUAUAAAAAUUAUAGAAUCUCAAAAGCUGGCCAACUGGAAGGAAGAAGAAAUGUUUCGUCCCAAUAUGUUUUUUCUUCUUUUACUUCCACCAAUUAUAUUUGAAUCUGGGUAUUCAUUACACAAAGGGAACUUCUUCCAGAACAUAGGCUCCAUCACCUUGUUUUCUGUGAUUGGGACAGCUAUUUCAGCUUUCAUAGUUGGCGGAGGAAUUUACUUUCUUGGUCAGGCUGAUCUAAUUUAUAAACUGAAUAUGACCGACAGUUUUGCAUUUGGUUCCUUGAUCUCUGCUGUUGAUCCAGUAGCUACUAUUGCUAUCUUUAAUGCUCUUAAUGUGGACCCUGUACUUAACAUGCUGGUCUUUGGAGAAAGUAUUCUCAAUGAUGCAGUCUCAAUUGUCCUGACAAAUACAGCGGAAGGUUUGACAAGAGAACAUACGUCUGAUGUAAGUGGAUGGCAAACCUUUUUACAAGCGCUGGCUUACUUCCUGAAGAUGUUCUUUGGUUCUGCAGCACUGGGGACUCUGACUGGUCUUAUUUCUGCAUUAGUGCUGAAACAUAUUGAUUUACGAAAAACUCCUUCCCUGGAGUUUGGAAUGAUGAUUAUCUUUGCCUAUCUUCCUUAUGGACUUGCAGAAGGAAUUUCUCUCUCAGGUAUCAUGGCUAUCUUGUUUUCCGGCAUUGUAAUGUCUCACUACACCCAUCAUAAUCUUUCUCCGGUUACACAGAUACUCAUGCAGCAGACGCUGAGAACUGUUGCAUUCAUGUGUGAAACAUGUGUUUUUGCAUUUCUGGGCUUGUCAAUUUUUAGCUUUCCUCACAAGUUCGAAAUGUCCUUUGUCAUCUGGUGCAUAGUGCUUGUCCUUUUUGGUAGAGCAGUCAAUAUUUUCCCCCUCUCUUAUCUGCUCAAUUUCUUCCGUGAUCACAAGAUCACUCCUAAAAUGAUGUUCAUCAUGUGGUUUAGUGGCUUACGUGGGGCAAUUCCUUAUGCCUUGAGCCUCCACUUGGGCCUGGAACCAAUUGAGAAGCGGCAGUUGAUUGGCACCACGACAAUCAUCAUUGUGUUGUUCACAAUUUUAUUGCUGGGUGGAGGAACAAUGCCUUUAAUCAGGCUGAUUGAUAUUGAAGACUCUAAGGCCCGGCGGAAGAACAAGAAGGAUAUCAAUCUCAGCAAGACAGAGAAAAUGGGAAACACCAUUGAAUCUGAACACUUGUCUGAACUCACAGAGGAAGAGUAUGAAGCCCAUUAUAUAAAACGUCAGGAUCUCAAAGGCUUUAUGUGGCUUGAUGUCAAAUAUUUGAAUCCUUUCUUUACCAGACGGCUCACCCAAGAGGACUUACAUCAUGGGCGCAUACAGAUGAAAAGCCUUACUAACAAAUGGUAUGAGGAGGUGCGACAAGGACCUUCUGGAUCAGAAGAUGACGAGCAGGAGUUGCUGUAGCAGGCUGGGGUGUGUGUGCCCUUCUGCUGACAUCUCCAAGUUUAGUUUUAAGGCAGAGACUGUUGUACACACAUCCCAUAUGCAACUUGGUAAGGUUGUUGUCAAGUGGCUCUUUGCCCAGUAUAAAGUUAUGUCAUGUGCUAGAAUCCAAGAUCAUCUCUAAUACCAUUCGUUUUUUACUCUUUUGAAAUUAUGACACCUUUUCAGGCAGCAAUUAUCCCAAGUGCAUUAGGAUAAUUAGAAACAUGGGUGGUACUGGCUGUGAUUUUCUGCUGUAAAUGUACGUUAAAGAAAAUUCUGUAGGAAAGCUUUAAAAAAAUUAGUGCACUUUACUGUACUUUUGCUAAUAUACUGGUCCAGUACUGGAAGGACGAUGCUGUGAAUUUCUAUUGACAGUGAGCAAGUAAGUGAAUAUUUAAGGCCUCAACAUUGAUCUUUAAAUAUAUAAUGAACUCAGGAUGCAGAGUAUGAACACUGACAGAAGGCAAAAACAGCUAAUUAAAGCCUCUUGGCCUUUGGGAUUUCUAAAUAAGUUUGAUCUGAUUUCUUAUUUCUAAGUUUGAAACAACCUGACACAAGGUUCCAUACUCUAACUUCAAUCAUUUGGUUCCAGAACAAAGCUUUAUUUGAAAUCUGUCAAGCUUAAUUUCCACCUUUCUCAUUCCCUUCCUUUGAGAAUAGCUCCGUAGCACUUGGUAAUGCCCAAACAAUGGAUGGGUAGCUUAAAGCCAGAGCAUGGAAGAGGCAAAUAAGGAAUUACCUUUUUCUGGGGAAAACCCAUAAAGUUGGAAACAAUUCAGCUGCUUUUUAUUAUUCACAGAUUGGCUUUUACAUAUUGUCUAAUCUUCUUUAGGUGCUUGAAAAAUCCUGUGCACUCAUGCAAAAACACCAAAUCAUAUGAUGACUGUACCUUUUUUAAAAGCUGGGUGGGGAGAAUUACUGGAAUUUUGCCCUGCAUGUAAAACAUUGGUAGACGGAAUAUUACCAUAUUAAAAAAGAGGAAAAAGUGGAUGUAUUUCUUUUUCACCUGAGGGAAAUUGAGUUAUUUUUGUAAACCACAUAAACUCUCAUUUGCUUCCAAAUUGGUACAGUCUCAGAGAGUUUAUGCCACAUGAUUUUUCCUCAUACUUGGAACAGUCUCAAGAUUCACUGCAGAUAGAAAGGAAUAGGCAGUUGAGACAGUCUCCUAUCCUCAGAGGGUUUUGAUUAGAGUGGCCUAUCAGCCCUAUAAAACAAACAAACAACUAAAUAUUCCCUUAGGUAUCCUGAAUCUUAAUGUCGCUUUUUCUGCAAUGCUGGUGUAAUGGUCUGAUAAAGCUUAUGCGAAUGCUCUUUUACAGACAUGCUCUCAGUAACAUUGUGUAAUACUGAAAGCAGGAAUAAUGCAGUAGGUGCACUUCAGGUGAAUGGUUGUUGGUUUAAAUUCCUAUUCUUCAGCAACCCUUCAGUGUGCUGACCAGAAGAUGAGAUUAUAAUUCAAAAGGUGUGGAGACGGGAAGCAAAACUGAGUCAUUCUGUAGGACAGAAAUGGGCAACUUUUUUUCCUCCCAGAUUCUGCUGGGGAUACAUGCCAGGACUGUUCUGAACCCCAGAAUGAAUGGGGAUGCCUUUUCUCUUUUCAACACCUCUCUUUUUUUUUCCUACAGGGUAGGGACAGAUUAUUGUUUCACAAUGUUUUUAGUAUUAGCCAAAGUUUGGCGUGAAAUUAUUUACUUGUUUAUUAUUAUUUCCAUUUAUAUGGUUGCCCAUAUAAAUUCAUGACUCUGGGCAGCUAACAACAAUUAAAAACUACAGAGAAACAAACAAUAUAAAAAACUGCAUAAAUACUAUCAGCAGCUGAGGUUAGAAAACAAAAAACAAAAACCCACCAACAGCAAAUUAACCCAACCACUGCAUGGGCUUUGCCACGCAUCCAGAUCCCCAAGUCUGGUGACAAAACCCACAUCUUCAAGGCCUUGUGAAAUUAGCUCUGAAGGUUGCAUGCAGCACAAGAACUGGUGGUUUGUCAUCCAAACGUGCAAGAAUGCUUGCUCAGUUACCAGUAUCCAAGCAGAAGAAGACUGAGGAAAUGCAAGUGAAAUUCAACCACCUCUUUGAGUUUUAUAUUUCAGAUAACUAGCUUAAAUUGCAAGGUCAAAAUACCUAAAAUAAAAUAAAAUAUUCAGUGUCAAGUGAGUAGACUUCUGAAUUUCUUAAAAAUUACUGGAAUAUAAGUACAGUAAAAAUGUAAUGCAGCCUACUCUACUACUUAUGUAUAUUAGACUUCUAAGGUAGUAUUAACACAAAGGAGUUUGCAUGCUAUUAAAGAUGCUUAUUUGGGACUCCUAACUAGUCCCCUAGCAAGGUAUUGGAUUAAUCCCCAGUCAGCAUAGCCAAUACAAUCAUAGAAUCAUAGAAUGCAAGGGUUGGAAGGGACCUUGAAAAUCGUUUGGUCCAACCAUUUGACUGCUACUAAGCACUCUCAACAAAUGGCCACGUAGCCUCUAUUUAAAUACCUUCAGUGAAGGAGAGUCCAUUAUCUUCUGAGGCAAGUAUUUCUUUUAGCAAACAGUUGUUAACAUUAGAAAAUUGUUUCUGAUGUCCAGUUGAAAUCUGCUUUCUUAUACAGUGGUACCUCUAGUUACGAACUUAAUCCG